AUGAGUACGCCUGUACGAUCCUCACUUGCUGAUGAAACGAAACAUGAAGCUUCACCUGUUAAUAAAAAAUUAAAGACAGAAGUCGCAGGCACUAUUAUUGCCUGGCCAGGAGAUAACGAACAAUUGUCACAAUUCAUGACAGUCCUGCAAGUGGAAGUAACGUGGGGUAUCGCACUAACUGAACAGAGUAUAAAUGCGAAGCGUGGUGGCGAAAUGACCCGAGCCUCGGCACCAAUCUCUGCUGCACCCACUACGAGAGCAGCCCUGAGAAAUGGACACAUAGUCGUGAUGACAACUGCACAUCGGCCAACAUUUGAACCGGCACGUGGUGGGUCUGGCAGAAAUGAGGGCGAUCUUGCGAAGCUGUCGCAGCAGUAUUCAAGCAAGGAUAUGCCAUCGCAUACGAAACUUAAAUACCGUCAAAAGGGUCAAGGCCAUGCAGAAGAUAUGAAGUCGCGGGAUUUGCGUCGCGAAUUGGAGGAAAAAGAGAAAAAUGUAGGACGUGAACGAAGAAGUCGGGAAAGUGGUUGGAAUAUGCAAAAAAAACCAAGAUUGGAGGGGAGCUCAGCACCAAAUGUUCAAGACGAGGAUGACCCAUAUGAUGACGAUAUCAAUGACAAUUCCGAUGACGAUGAAGAUGACGCCGCGGAAUUGAUGGCCGAAUUGGCUAGAAUUAAGAAGGAACGAGCACUAGAAAAGGCUCAGCGUGAUGCGGCAUUAGCUGAAGAACAGGAACGAAUCAGAACCGAAAACAUUCUACACGGAAAUCCAUUACUCAAUUUUGAGGCAUCAGAUUUCAAAGUACGUUUGUCAACAGUGAGACGUAAUAUACUGCAAGUGAAACGGCGGUGGGAUGAUGACGUAGUUUUCAAGAACUGUGCGAAAGGUAUCGAAGAGCGUAAAAAGGAACAGGUUUUUAUUAAUGACGCUAUUCGCUCUGAAUUUCAUAAGAAGUUUAUGGAGAAAUAUAUCAAAUGA